AUGGAUGUGAAAUGGGGAAAGGCGACGAUUGACAAGGAAACAGAUAAAUAUGAUGUUGGUAUGGUUUCGUUCGGAAGAACGCCGAGCGAUGUGGAGGAGGGCUCUGAAGUGUUGGGACAGAAGCAAUUCAAACCCGUAAAGCAAAUAGAUUUAAAAUGAAUUGUUUUAACAACAGAAAAUGAAAUCAGAAAGAAUCUGAGCAGUUUGAUGUAUCAUGAAAAAACUAAUGAUGGUAGUUACUUAUGUUAUUACAAAAACUUGGCCAGCGAUAAUCCAAUCACAUAUUUGUGUAAUAUUGGAUGCUGCACAAACGGCUGCUGUGCACUUCAGGAAGUUAAAAUGAGUGGAAAUUAUAACUUGAUGGUUAUACUUUUGUUAAUAUUCGUUUUUGCGAUACUAUUCACAGCAUCCGCUAUGCUUGUCAUUUAUUACAUUUAUAAUCGUAAAAGCGAUGAACGUGGCUAUGAAUUCAGCGGAAGUUUUACGGAAGAUAGUGUUGUUGGAUCACAAGUCGGUGGACCUCCAACUUACUUUGGUGAACGUCGAUAUCUCCCUCAUAUCAAUCCUGUAAAGUUAUACUGA